GUAACUAAAGAAACAAAACAAGAACAUAUCUAAAGUUCAUCAAGAGCUUGAAGAUGACAACGAUGACAGAGAUGAGAGUACAUAUGGAUUGUGCCGGAUGUGAGAGCAAGGUCAGAAAAUCUCUCGAGAAAGUUAAAGGUGUUGAUAAUGUAGAAAUAGAUAUGGCUAUGCAAAAAGUGACAGUAACAGGAUGGGCUGAUCAAAAGAAAAUACUCAAAACAGUUAGAAGAACUGGUAAAAGAGCUGAAAUAUGGCAAUUUCCUCAUAAUCCUGAGAUGAGAAAUAACCCUAGUUAUGUCACUGAUCAUUAUUAUCAACAACAAGGCUGCAGUGGUCCGGCCACUUAUUACGCCGGAGAACCACCGGUUUCCGCCUAUAACUAUCGCAAACACGGCUACGAUAACUAUGGCCGUGCCUAUAGUCUUUACAGGGGCAAUUCAAACACAUUUGGUAGUCGUGUUGGUGAUGCAUUUAGUGAUGAGAAUCCUCGUGGUUGUAAUAUUAUGUAA